AGAGAGUCCAUUCCACUGCCCUUCCUAAAGCAGGAGGACCAACCAAUAACCUCUGCACUGUGCCCAGUCUUCCAGUGUGUGCUCUGUGCACCAAGCUCUCCUGCUGUGAAGUUACACGAGGAGUCACUCACCUACCUCAACCAAGGUCAGUCCUAUGAAAUUCGGAUGUUAAGUAACUGGAAGGGAGCCAUUGAUCUGCCUGAAGGUCGUCGCCUGCUAAAGAGUGUAGUCAGAGUGGUGUUCCAUGACCGACGUCUACAGUACAGUGAGAGACAACAGCUGGAGAGCUGGCAGAUGAGCCACCCUGGGGACAGAAUUCUUGAUAUCGAUGUCCCACUUUCUGUGGGUGUGAUAGACCCUGUUGCACAUCCCAGCACUUUGAACAUCAUUGAAUUCCUGUGGGACCCCAGUAAGAGAACAUCUGUUUUUCUACAGGUACAUUGUAUCAGUACAGAAUUUACUCAGAGAAAGAACGGAGGAGAAAAGGGUGCCCCAUUUCGGAUUCAGGUGGACACAUACAAGUCAGACUCUCAUGGAAGCUUUACAGAACAUCUUCACUCAUGUAGUUGUCAAAUCAAAGUGUUCAAGCCUAAAGGAGCAGAUCGCAAGCAGAAAACAGAUCGUGAGAAGGUGGAGAAACGCUCAGCCCUAGAGCGGGAGAAGUACCAGGCAGCAUGUGAAAAUACUGUCCUGACUGAGUGCACCCCUUGGCCAGACACGGAUGUAUCCCGAACUCCAACCAACAUCCCCAGUAUGUGCUCACCGAGAAUAUACAAAGUGCCCUCCCUGGAGAGGUAA